UGGAAUUUGUCUUUUAAUUAAAACCCUCAGCCGCAAUGAAUUUUAACAAGAAUGUUGGACUCAUCAUCAAUAUUUUUAUCAUUAUGACACCUGCCAUGACAUAUGGGUAUGAAUUAACAGUCCUUCACACAAAUGAUGUUCACGCUAGAAUACAGGAGAUGAACGCUUUCGGUGGACAGUGUUCCUCUGGAAGUUCAAAUUGCUUUGGCGGAGUGGCCAGAAUAAAGACAAAAGUCGAGGAGCUCCGAAGGGGGCAUCGGAAUACUCUCCUGCUGGACGCUGGGGACCAGUACCAGGGGACCCUCUGGUUCUCUCAUUAUGGAGGAUACGUUACGCACACUAUGAUGAAUCUCAUCGGUUACGAUGCCAUGGCCUUGGGAAAUCACGAAUUUGACAACAAUAUUGCCGGUGUUCUACCAUUGCUCCAGAACGCAAACUUCACCAUUCUCAGCGCCAACAUCAAUUUAGAGACAGAAGCCCGGAUCAAACCUUAUGUAUCUAAAAGCUACAUCACAGAAGUGGGAGGGGAAAAGAUCGGGGUUAUAGGUUAUACAACAAAAGACACGCCCAUGAUAUCUCAGCCUGGAAGCCUGAAAUUUGAGGAUGAGGUGACCUCCAUCCGUGCCGAGGUCAAGAAGUUAGAAAGUCAGGGGGUCAAUAAAAUCAUCGCUCUGGGCCAUGCCGGAUUUUCUGUGGACACAAAAAUCGCUAACCAGGUAGAGGGCGUUGACGUCGUAGUUGGAGGACACACCAAUACAUUUCUAUACAAAGGCACAGCGCCAUCUGUUGAGAAGCCCGUGGGUGAAUAUCCUCACGUGAUUGAGAAAUCGAAUGGGGAGAGAACUCUGGUGGUUCAGGAUUAUGCAUUCGGAAAGUAUCUAGGUUUUUUGCAAGUCGAAUUCGAUAACAACGGAAAAGUGGUUUCUUUUGGCGGCAAUCCAAUCAUUUUGAACAACUCAGUGGCAAAGGACACAAAAGUGCAGAAAAUUGUAGAUGAUCUUUUCCUUGAAAUUGAGAACGCCACAAAGAAAGUGAUUGGUAGAUCACUGGUUAAGAUGGAGGGUAGUAGGGCGGUUUGCCGACUGAGAGAGUGUAACAUGGGAAAUUUGGUGGCUGAUUCCUUCGUGCACAUGAGUCUAAGAGAUGCUGACACUAUCAACUCUACUCGGGUAUUUAUAGCCCUUGUUAACUCCGGAUCCAUAAGGUCGUCGUUUGAAAGAGGAUCCAUAACUUUGGGAAAUGCAAUAGAAGUCCAGCCGUACAGAAAUACGAUGGACACCAUACAACUUCCGGGUCGGAACUUACGUCAGGCACUAGAGUACAGUGUGACGUCAUACGAUGAAGAGGACCCGGAUGGUGGAUUUUUACAAAUAUCAGGCAUAAGGGUGAAAUACAACCUACAGAAACCAGAAGGUCAAAGGGUUGUAGAUGUGAAAGUUCUGUGCUCGGAAUGUGAAGUUCCGGAAUUUGUUUCCUUAAAGGAUGAAAAACUGUACGACAUUGUUCUAUCCAACUUCCUGUUAAAUGGAGGUGACGGCUACACAAUGAUUAAAGACAACGCUAUACAGAAACACGUUGUGGGUAUUCUGGACACAGAUGUAUUUGCCGAAUACAUAAAGCUGAUGUCCCCUUUAACCACUGGUCUUGACGGGAGAAUUGAAAUGGUUGACGACAACGGAUGUGACGAUACUUCCGGCGGAAGCAGAUUUAUAUCAAACUCUUUUCUUUUAAUUGAAACUUUAAUUUUAGUCUGCGCAGUUGUAACAAUCUGAGAGAGAGAGAGAGAGAGAGAGAGAGAGAGAGAGAGAUCUUUGUUCCUGUUUAGUUCUACUGGUCAGACACCAGAAGAGCUUAUGCAUUAGUAAAGUGUGCGUCGU